AUGGAUCUUAAUAACAUUUUGUGUUAUAAUUGUGCUGGAGCAUACACUUUAGAAAACAAAUUUUUUGUUUUUUUAACUUGUGGUGAAGUUUUCUGUUAUAAUUGUUAUAAAAAUAAUGUUCCAUCAGAUUUAAAUUCCUGUCCUAAAUGUAGAAAAGCUAAUAUAAAAGUUGUAGAUUUAAAUAAAAAAGUUUCUGGUGAAUUUAGUAAUAUUUUUUCUGAUUCUAAAAAAAUUUUUAAUUCAAUACAUAUGGAACUUACUGAGAAUGCAAAGUUUAGAGAAGUACAGUUAGAAGUCAUUACAAAAGCUGUAAAAUUAAAGAAAGAAAAAUUUCUUAAAAUGAAUAAAAUGGCUGGGGAUGCUGAUAAGGAACUUAAAAAAUUAAAAUCUCAAGCAAAAUUUAUUAACAAUAAAGAAAAAGAAAUGAAACAAGAGUUAGAAAAUUUAUAUGGAAAAUACAAAGAAUUAAAAGAUAAGAUAUAUAUGUAG